UUGGGGGUGGGGGGAGGGUUGUCCUGAGCUGGUGGGCGAUGCAACAGGAUGCGGGGUGCGGCAGCGCGGGCAGAGCUGCGCCCCCGCUGCGCCCCGCUGCGCCCCGCUGCGCUCAGCAUCUCCGGUGUCUGUGCCUUGCCGUUCUGCCCUCGUUUGCCGGAGCUGAACGGGGGCCGGGGCAGGUGCCACCCUGGGGUGUCUGCUGGAUGCCACCCCCCUGUCCCCUGCUGUCCCCUCAUCCUGGGGCCGGGGCUCUGCGUUGCCUGCCUUGCGGGCAGCGCUGGAGCAUCCCCGCUCGGGGGCUGGCCCCCAGUGAUGCAGCAGUUCCCGCUGCCUUUCCCGGACAGGCUGGGGAUGCACCGAGCUGGCCGCUCUCAGCAUGACCCCGCGGCGAGGCUGGGCUGUUGUGGGGGGAGCUGCGGCUGGGAGGGUCCCGCGGGACCCCCGUGGCCUGGAGCGGUGAGGGGGGGGGGUUCAUGGAGGUGUCAGAGAGAGCUGUGCAGGGCUCCCGGCCCUCCUGGGGUGCUGGUGACCCCCCUCCUGCCCCAGUCUGGGGCUGUGCUGGGGUUCGGCCCUAGGGUGCUGCCCCCCCAGCCCCAGCUCUGCCCCCCAGGCUGCUGGUGCCCAGCCUUGGUGCAGGGGCUGCGCGGUGCCAAGGCCGGGGAGGGAACGGGGCCGGUCACGGCUCCCACGCCGCCAGUUGUGCAGGUGGGGAAACUGAGGCAGGACCAGGCAGCCCCCGCUGCGCCUUGUUUUGGGAACUGGUUCAUCCGAAAAGCUCCAUUUCCUGAGCCGCGGCCUUGGGGCGGCUCAGCUGACGGUCCCCGCUGGAAGGGCUUCUGUCGCCGCGCUCUGCUCCCCUGUCGGCGUUCAAAAGGCUCUGCUCGACGGCACCCCCCUUAGCGAGCUCUCCUGGUCCUCCUCGCUGGCCGUCGUGGCCGUUUCCUUCUCUGGGCUCUUCACCUUCAUCUUCCUCAUGUUGGCCUGCCUGUGCUGCAAGAAGGGAGACAUCGGCUUCAAGGAGUUUGAGAACGCCGAGGGGGACGACUACGUGACGGAGUUCUCGGCCCAGGGCUCGCCCGCCCCGCAGCAUGGCCCCGAGGUCUACAUCCUGCCCCUCACCGAGGUCUCGCUGCCCAUGGCCAAGCAGCCGGGGCGCUCAGUGCAGCUCCUCAAGUCCGCGGACCUGGGGCGGCAGAGCCUGCUGUACCUGAAGGAGAUCGGGCAUGGCUGGUUUGGAAAGGUGUUCCUGGGGGAGGUGAACUCGGGCAUCAGCAGCACCCAGGUGGUGGUGAAGGAGCUGAAGGCCAGCGCCAGCGUGCAGGACCAGAUGCAGUUCCUGGAGGAAGCGCAGCCCUACAGGGCCCUCCAGCACACCAACCUGCUGCAGUGCCUGGCCCAGUGCGCCGAGGUCACCCCCUACCUGCUGGUGAUGGAGUUCUGCCCGCUGGGUGACCUGAAGGGGUACCUGCGGAGCUGCCGGGGGGCCGACACCAUGGCCCCGGACCCGCUGACCCUGCAGAGGAUGGCGUGCGAGGUGGCCUGCGGCGUCCUGCACCUGCACAGGAACAACUACAUCCACAGCGACCUGGCCCUGCGGAACUGCCUGCUCACCGCCGACCUGACCGUCAAGAUCGGGGACUACGGGCUCUCGCACUGCAAGUACAAAACCCUGCAUACUUGGCAGGACGACUACUUCGUGACGGCCGACCAGCUGUGGGUGCCGCUGCGCUGGAUCGCCCCCGAGCUCAUCGACGAAGUGCACGGCAACCUGCUCAUCGUGGACCAGACCAAGGCCAGCAACGUCUGGUCGCUGGGCGUCACCAUCUGGGAGCUGUUUGAGCUGGGCAGCCAGCCCUACGACCACUACUCCGACCGGCAAGUGCUCGCCUACGCCAUCAAGGAGCAGCAGCUGAAGCUGCCCAAGCCCCAGCUGAAGCUGUCGCUGUCGGAGCGCUGGUAUGAAGUGAUGCAGUUCUGCUGGCUGCAGCCCGAGCAGCGCCCGACGGCCGAGGAGGUGCACCUGCUGCUCUCCUACCUCUGCGCCAAAGGCGCGACGGAGGCCGAGGAGGAGUUCGAGAAGCGCUGGAACUCCAUGAAGCCCAACAGCAGCGCCAGCGGCGGCCACCACGGCGCCGAGCUCUCCUCCUUCCCGCUGCUGGAGCAGUUCUCGGCCGACGGCUUCCCCUCGGACGGGGACGACAUCCUGACCGUCAUGGAGACCAGCCACGGCCUCAACUUCGAGUACAAGUGGGAGCACACCAAGACCGAGCACUUCCAGGCCCCCCUGGGGUCCCUGAGCCCCAGCAGCGCCGCCCGCUACCACGACCUCUACUACCCGGCCGCGUCCGCGGGGCGCCUGAGCCUGGGGGUCUCGCCCUCCUGCUACGAGUGCAAGCAGCCCGGCUGCCCCGGCCUGCCGGCGCCCGGCGUGGUGCCCAUCCUGGGCGCCCACAGCCCCUCGCUCAGCAGCGAGUAUUACAUCCGCAUCGAGGGGCCGGCCGAGGGCAGCGCCGAGCUGGACUACGCCAUGUGCUCCUACAGCCCCGAGGGCGAGCGGGGCUCCCCGCGGCCCCCGUCCUGCUGGAGACCCCAGGGCACGCGGGGCGGCAGCACCUAUGACUCCGACAGCAGCCCCACCGUCUCCCUCAGCAUGGAGCCGCUGCUGGGCCACGCGCCGGGGGGCGAAGGCUCGUGGGAGUGCGCCGAGUACUACCCCUACGCCUGCCCGGGGCAGGAGCAGCGCGGCUACGAGGCGUCCCCCGGCCACGGUGCCGAGCGGUACCUGCUGGAGGACGAGCACACCGAGCCAGGCGGCAAGGACUGGCCCGUCCCUGGCUUCCAGCACAGCAUCUUCGGCGACCCGCUGGGCGUCUCCCCCUCGGUGAACUGCGCCUACAGCCCCCGGGGGUACGGGCAGCCCCCGGGGCAGAGCGCAACCCGGCCGGACUGUGUGGCGCUGGAGCUGGGCGACGACAGCCCCCCGGGCGCCCCCCUCCCGGAGGGUGCCAGCCCCCCGGCCCCGCAGCAGCCCUGGGCCUCCAACAACUCCUCCAACAACAACAUCGGUGGCAGCAGCAGCCCGGCCGCCCGCGAGCCCGGUGACAGCUGGUGCUACCGCCGCAUGAUCACCUUCCGCGGGCUGAUGGCCAAGCCGCUGGGCACCGUGCCGCGCGGCCAGCCCCAGCUCGGGGGGUCCCCGCCGGGCCUCGAUUUCCGCCGCCCGCGGCAGGAUCAGGCCCUCAGCACGGCCGGCGGCUCCUCCCCGUGCCGCUCGCCCUCCCCACGGAGCCAGGCCUGGCAGAGCCGUGACUCAUCAGCCUCCGGCCGCUCGCAGGCGGCGGCGCUGGCCGGUGGCCCCGGCACGCCACGGGGCCCCGGCGCAGCCCCGGCAGCCAUAGCCAGGGCCCAGCCGUGCGCGCAGGAUGCCCGCCCGGCCGAGGGAAUGGAGGGGAGCAGCCCUGCCCGCAGCCCUGUGCUGGGGCUGGGGGAGGCUGCCCCCAUGGCUGGCACCUCUGCCCCAAACCCCGGGCCCCCUACGGAGCCCGGUGUAGAUGGUGCCCAGCCUACGCCGGAGGCUGUUGAGGCACUGGUGCCCGGGGAGGCCGCUGCUGACAGCGGCACGUGUCCUGCCAGCGACACGGACAGGACCCCGGACAAGACGUUCUCCAGCGCCAGCUUCCCCGGUGGGGAUGACGGGAGCGACGAGGACACGGCAGAGCUGACCUCUGGCGUCUUCACUGACUUCUCCGGGGACUAUAUGGAGAGGGUGGACAUGGCCCCGGCGUUCAAGUCCCUGCAAAAGCAGGUGGGGACACCGGAUUCCCUGGAGUCCCUGGACAUCCCCUCCACAGCCAGCUCCUGCGAGGUCUUCAGCCCCACCGCCUUCGCCCCCGCUGGGCAGCCCAAGGCGCUCGACAGCGGCUACGACACCGAGAACAACGAGUCCCCCGAGUUUGUCCUCAAGGAGCCCCACGAGCCCCGAGAGCCAGAGGCCUUUGGCCAGCUGGGGAAGCCGCCCCCAGGGCUGCCGGGGGGCGAGGGUGAUGUCCCGGCCCCCGAGACACGGCUCUCGGCAUCCUUCAGCGCCGAGCUGCACGGCCUCUCUGAGAAGAACCCGUACCGUGACUCUGCCUACUUCUCCGACUACGACACCGAGGCCGAGCGUGGCCCCAAGGACGACGAGGACAGUGAAGGGUCUGAGACCCCGCAGGCAGAGAAGGAGGGGUCCCAGCCCCACGCACAGGACCUGGGACAAGCCCCCGGGCUGGGCGAGGAUCCGCUGCACCCCCCAGGAGCCCCCGGGAGCCCCCCGGCAGCACCCGGCACAGCAGAGGCAUCUGAAGCGCCGGACGUGGGGGUCUCUGCAGGGGACUGGAGGGGGGCAGAGGCUGGGGAUGCCCCGGCUGGCCCCACGGCACAAGAGGCUGGCACCGACCCGCGAGUCACUGGCACGGGGCCGGGCACCGAUGGAGACACACCAGGGGUCUGCGGCGUCCCUCCAGGCUCUGUGCCGCCCAAGACUUUCUUCUUGUCCCCAGUGCCAGCGAGCCCCGAGGAGCCAGCGUCGGGCAGAGGGACCCCCGUGGCUGAGGGCAUCCCCGGACUGGGGGGGGAUGCAGCGGGGGGCAAACAGACUGUGUCCCCCACGCCAGGGCUGGGGGAAGCGGGGCCGACCCCAGAGGGCACCGGGGUGGGCAUCGCCCCCGGAGGGGACGCACCAGGGGGUCCCAGCACGCUGCUAUCGGGGGCUGAGUCACCAGUGCGCUCCCCCCCGGGGCUCUCCCUGCUCCCGUCCGCCCGGGAGCCACGGCCGGCCACCUCGGAGCGGCGAGAGGAGCCUGAGGAGGAGGAGGAGGACACGGAGGACAGCGACGAGUCGGACGAGGAGCUGCGUUGCUACAACAUCCAGGAGCAGAGCGAGGAGAGUGAGGAAGAGCCGGUGGCCGUGCCCAUUGUGGUGGCCGAGAGCCACAGCAGCAGGAACCUGCGCAGCCUCCUCAAGAUGCCCAGCCUGCUCUCCGAGGCCUUCUGCGAGGACCUGGAGCGCAAGAAGAAGGCCGUGUCCUUCUACGACGAUGUCACCAUCUACCUCUUCGACCAGGAAAGUCCCACGCGGGAGCUGGGCGAGCAGAGCUUCCCGGAUGCCCCCGAGCCUUCAGGACAGCCCCCGGCCAACGGCAGCCCCACGAGCCCCGCCAGCCCCACGGACAGGCUGAGCGCCUCCGACGACUCCUCGGACGGCAACGCCUCAGAAGAGAGCGGUGGCUUCGAGUGGGACGACGACUUUCCGCUCAUGCCGGUGAAGCCGUCGCUGAUGUCCUCGCUGUCGGGGACGCCGGCGGAGCCCGACCCGUCCGUCCCCGCACUGCUGCCGGUGCCCAAGCAGGUGCUGCCCAUCCAGUUCUCCCGUUUCACGGUCUCGCCUGCCCCGGUGUCCCGGUUCUCCAUCACCCACGUCUCCGACUCGGACAUGGACUCCAUAGGAGGCAGCAGCGAAGACGGUGACCGGGAGUGAGCCAGCCUGGGUGCUCACCUGCUAGCGCCCUUGGCACCGGCACCGGCCGGCGACCACGGAGGACAAGGGGCGGCCGGAGUGGGGCCUGGCCCGGGCUCCCAGCACCGAGCUCCGUUUUUUUUUAGGGGGAUUUGGUCGGAAGGAGUUUGGGUGCUGCUGCUGGUCGGAGCCGGGCACGGCCCGGGGCGAGGCGGUGGGUGCCGGCCGUGCGUGCGCGAGCGGAUGGCUGCGCGUGUAUACAUAGAUAUAUAUAUAUAUAUAGACAUAUAUAUAUAUAUAAAUUAUAGCAUUUAAGGGGUAGUGCCCUGACCUUGCUAACAUUUGCGGAGUCCCCCCCCCCCCCCACCCCAGUGAGGAACCCCCCCCACCUUGGCUUCUUGCCCACAUGUGCUCCCGAGGCGGUGUUUGUCCCCCACGUCCCCCUGUGCCGUGCACCUUGAUGCCCCCCCACCCCCUCCCCACCCCCCGUCCCUCCCUGCCCGGGCUGGCGCUGGCUCUUGGUGGCUGGGGGGGGGGGUUACAGGGCCUGCAGCACAGCUCGAGGGGGCCGGGGAGCUCCCAGCCCUCGUGUUUUGCCUGGCCCUUCUGGGGAGCAGCCGGGAGCUGGGAGCUCCCCAGCCCAGGGAGGGACCCCCCCCACCCCCAAGGGGGCUGAGAAGCUGGGGAGGGGGAGCGCCAACCCGACUAUUUUUGUAUUUAAAGAAAAGGAAAAAAAAAAUACUAAAAA